UCCAACUCCGGCCACGCUCUUUCCCCGGCGAUUUAUGAAUGAACCCUAAUUAUAUCGCCGGCCAGCAACAAGUUAGCUUCUACGCCAACUCUUUCUUUUUUUUUUUUUUUUGGGGAAUGCAGAAUCCAUUGCUUGAUUCUGGUGAAACAAUGGAGAUGGCCACUGUACAGAAAAUCGAGGAAACAGUGAAGGGUAUACUCAGAGAAGCUGAUAUGGACCAAAUGACCGAGUUCAAGCUCCGAAUCGACGCUUCUGCUAAACUUGGUUUCGACUUAUCUGGGACGAAUCACAAGAAGCUAGUCAGAGACGUCAUGGAGGCUUUUUUGUUAUCGGCUCCCGGUGAAGCCCCCGUUGAGGAGACGGUGGCUCCGGCGCAGAAUGAGACAGGUUCUGGUGUUGCCGCUUCCGUUGGUGGUGAAGAUGAACGCUUUAUUUGUAAGUUAUCGGAGAAGCGAAAUGCAACGGUUCAAAAGUACAGAGGCCAAGCAUUUCUAUCCAUUGGUUCUCAGGAAAAUGGAAAGGCUUUUAGAGGAGUACAUUUGUCAACUAACCAAUGGUCUGUGAUCAAGAAGAAUUUCUCAGCAAUAGAAGAAUGUAUUAAGCAUUGCCAAUCAAAAUCAAAAUCUGAUACAACACAAAAUGGAGAUACUUCUGAGGCUGUGGAUAAGAACAGCUCUCACGGGGUUUCUCUUAUCAAGACUUCACGAUUUGAUGGGAAGGGUUAUCAUUCCUGGGGAUUACAGAUGGAACUCUUUUUGAAGCAAUUUAAUCUCACUUAUGUACUCUCUGAACCUUGUCCCGGUAUUGGUAGCUCUCUAGGCUCUGAAACCAACCCCAGCGAAAUAACUCAAGCUGAUGCUAAGAGAAGAAAAUGGUUGAGAGAUGAUUACCUGUGCUACAAAUACUUGUUGAACUCCUUGUCUGAUCAUCUAUACCGUCAAUACUCGGAGAAAUUCAAGCAUGCCAAAGAAUUGUGGGACGAGUUAAAGUGGGUCUACCAGUGCGAGGAAACCAAUUCAAAGAGGUCACAAGUCAGAAAGUACAUUGAAUUCAAAAUGGUGGAAGAGAGGCCGAUACUCGAGCAAUUUCAAAUGUUUAACAAGAUUGCGGACUCCAUAGUGAGUGCUGGUAUGUUUCUUGAUGAGACAUUUCAUGUGAGUACCAUCAUCUCCAAGUUUCCCCCGUCGUGGAGAGGCUUCUGCACCAGGUUAAUGGAAGAGGAGUUUUUACCAGUCUGGAUGUUAAUGGAACGAGUAAAAGCUGAGGAAGAGCUCCGCAGAAAUGGAGCACAAGGGGUUACAUAUAGGCCAGCCGCAGGCUCCUCUCAGAUGGAAAGGAGACCUUGUCUAGGAACAACACAUCGAGCAUCCCAGAACAUAGGUUGGAAGAGGAAAGACCCCGAGAGAGACGGGAGAGUCAUCAUCGUCUGUGACAACUGUGGGAAGAAAGGACAUCUCGCAAAGCAUUGCUGGGGUAAUAAAUCUGAUGAUAGAGCUUCCGGGAAACCAAACAGGAUUAACUCUUCAGUCCCUGCACCUGUGGAUUCAGAGGCUCAAGCAUCAACCAACGAUGAUGAUAAAGUGUAGAUGAUUAGUGAAGUCAGAAUGUUUAAGUUUCUGGAUUGAAUGAGAGUAAAGUUCAUUUCAGGAGGAUCAGCCUCAUCUUUAUCACAUUAAGUCAUCAGCCAACCAAACCCUUCACAGAUAUUCUUAGAAUACUGAUGAUUCAGAAUUCAGAAGCAGUUCUUCAGUACCUUUGUUUGUCUAAUUGUCUCAGCUUAUUCAUAUGUCUGGCCUGAUGAUAGUAGAUUUAUAACUUUAUAUAUAGUUCAGGACACUGAAUUGUAUAAAGGGAUUACAGAGAGAUGGAAAAUAUAUUAGGUAUGGCCUGAUUUAAUGUAAAGAUAACUUUUUAA